GGCCAGUGAUCAGAGUCACAGUCUGAUAGAUCAAUCAAUCGUCUGAUCUCAAGGCUUCUUACUCCCUUCUCUUCCUCCUCCCCCACCCUCUCACUCCACUCUCUCCCCCUCGAGUCUGAGGAAUGGAAAAUCUAACCGAACUUCAGAACCCUUUGCUGGAGAAAGGCAACAGACAUGUCAAGGGCGAUUUCAGCUAUCAGGACGAUUACAGUGAACGGGACUACAAGGAGAAGAUUUUCAACUACUUUGUGAGCAGCAGUUCCAACAAGAACAAGCCCAAAGGCAACUUUGCCCAUCAGCUGCUGGACGCCAGCUCCUUACACCUGGCUGUGGAAGCUUUUUACCGACCAAAUUUUAUCCUGUACAAGGAUGAGACUAAGGACGAGGUCAAGGAUUACAAAGGUGACAGUUGUGAGACCACCUUCACGGAGGACAAAAACUUGACUAUCGAUUCGCCUGGCCGCGAAUCUAAACUAGCGGAGUUGGCAGAGAACGAGGCUAAAAUUCAAACCGUCUCGUAUGAGGUGGAGGAGGAGGAAUUUCACGAGUGUGAGAGCGACUGCUCCAGCGACAGUGACAGUGAGGACAACUUCAUCUUGACCCCACCACGUGACCACCUGGGCCUCGCCAUCUUCUCGAUGCUCUGCUGCUUCUGGCCUCUAGGCAUUGCUGCGUUCUACUUCUCCCAGAGGACGAGCAAAGCGAUUGCCAAGGGAGACUAUCCACGAGCAAGUUCAGCCUCAAGGAGAGCUCUGUUCCUAGCUGCACUUUCCAUCACCAUCGGAACAGGAGUGUAUGUGGGAGUGAUUGUGGCUCUCAUUGCUUACUUAUCAAAACCAGGACAUGUAUAGUGUCAAACUCCAGCACACUUGCCUGGAAGAUUUUGGAAAGACAGUUCUUCAUAUGUUUGACUAUCUAAUGUUAUUACCCUAUUAACUGAGUAACGUGUGUGUAUUAUUCAUUGUAUGGCCAUUUGGAUAUGGAAUGUUUCUGUUGCCUGUACCAAGGAGAUUGGAGAUAUUUGCUACACAUCCUUGCACUGACUGGGAGGUUCACACCCCCAGAGCCAACCAGCAUUCAAGAGCAGUUUAUGUAGCGAAGGGUACUGACAGACCCACCACAAGGCACAGCACCUGAUACAGGGAAAGGUGGCAGAGAUAGAUGGCUGCUGAAGCCGACUGUUGCAAUCUCACCCCAAGCGAGUGGCCUGGGCAGGUGAUAUCUGUGUAGUGAUCUGCCCCAAUACUUGUGGGAGGGAAGUGGGGUGCGUGGGAUGGGGGGCGGGGGGUGGAGAAGAAUGCUAGAUAGAGCCGCGGGAAAUGGAAGAAACGGAGAGAGAAAAUGUAUAAAUGUAAAUAACUAAUGAGCUGAUCCGGGGCAAAUGAAGUCAGUACAUGGUGGAUAUGCCAAUCAGAUGAAAAUAGGACAUUCACUGUUGCUAAGCAAAUGAUGCCCUAAAAAUUUCCCCUCUCACUGAGCCAAUUAUACCGCAAUUAGCGGUUCAUUGUUAAAAUAUCAUGAAAGUUUCCUCUGUUUCUGUGCACUGGCCAUUCUAUAAAUAAAGUAUGUGAAACAAAUGGCUCAGACACCAGUGUAAUUCUGCAGCAACGAUCAUAUGGUUCUAUUUGAAAUAUUCAAAAAAAGACUAAUUUUUAAAAAUCUGUAUUCAUCCAAUAAUUAGCAGAAUGAUGAG